ACAUUGCUUGAUAACAGAAACAUUCUCUCAAAAUUUUAGUGUGUUCCGAAAGAUGGCAAACAGUUUGGAAGAGUUCAUUAUACUGACCCCGCUGACAUGUGUGGAGCAGUGCAAUGCCCUCAUGAAGGCCACAUCAGCAAAGACCAAGCCCUGCUAUCUGUUCAUCUCGCUCUUUGGCGUGUACUGUGGACUGGUUGCCUAUCGGUCAUUUCGCAGCUAUAUCGCCAAUAUUGAGAAAUCUCAGGAGCCAGCGCCAAAACCAGUGGAUGAGAUCCCCGAUAUGCAAGUGUCGCUCGCCCAUGAGCUGGUGGAGCUGUUACCGCAGCUGAUGGUCGAGUCCCUGAGCUUUAGCGCGAACAGCUGGUGCUAUUACAGUGAGUUGACUACACCCUGCAUGGUUCUCGGAAGGACAGCAGAGAUACUGGACAGUGAACAAGCUGACAACAAACCAGCCACUUCAAAAUCAAUCUCAACGCAUGGGGCAAUGGUUCAUCAUCCUGGAGAUGAUAACUAGAAAAGGGUAGGUCGU